AUGCCAGGUCUCUCCCCCGAAGAUUCCAUAACAUGGAAGAAACGCAAGAGAGAAGAUGAACUGGCCCCUCGACCAACAUACAUACCCUCAUUCCGAGUAGAGGAAUACAACUGCCCUCUCUCCAACGAGCCAAAUUUCAGACCGCGCUGUCUCCCCCGGAAACGCCGCCACGUCAAUGUCCAAAGCCCCUACCUCCUCCAACAUCAACCUCAACAUCAACCACAAUCCCACCUCGCCCCAAUCUACCAAACAACAGAUUCAUACUCACCACCAAUCUCACCCAAAACCCUCGUCCCCCUGCACUAUCCACAAUCAGCGUCUCCCUCAGCCCUCCGCCCAUGCCACAUCUGCCACCGCCGCCCUACAACCCGGCAAGUCCUCGACGCCUACGCAGACUGCGAUUUGUGUCACGAACGGGCAUGCUUCAUCUGUCUGCGCCAAUGCGACAGUGCAAGUUGCGGCGGGAGUUUGUCAGCGCUUGGAACUCUCGAUCCAGAACCACAUGAAGAUCUCCAUCCAAAUUCAACCGCAGAUAGGGUAGCCCCCAGGAAGAUUUGCUCGGGCUGUGCCGUUGAAGAUGUGACAGAGUCUGGGGCGGAGAUUGUCCGCUGUCUGGAUUGUGUGCGGGGAUGGGAAAUCCCGAAUGGCUGGGCUCUUGAUGAUAUGCAUAUGCAUCAAGACUGA